CCGUAUUAUCGGACCGGGAUAGUAAAAGACAGAAACAAUAUAUAUUAAUUAAACUCUAUUUGAAUGUGAAGUUUAUCUGCCAACAAACCAUCAGUCCGUCAGAGAAGCGCGAUCAUUUGACAUCCUCGCUCUCGUUACGUAGUAGUGUUUAGUUGCAUAAGUUUAUCCCAAGCUUUUUGUGUACGUUAUCAGCUCUCAUCUCUGAUGACGACCGAGAAAAUGCAGGCAGUCUGAAUGUUGGCAGUGGUCAAGUGGAAGCAGUUAUCGGAUUGGUUGCAUAUACGGUGAAAACGUGCGAAAACCAGCCAAGAUGCCGAUGGAAAUGGUGAAAAUGGAGCCCGUCGGGGCGGACAAAGAAAGAACAACCGCCAACGACACAGAUGACUACGAUCCUCAUCUGCAUAGGGACGUUGAAAAUCCCACCACAAAUACUGAAACACUCAUACAUUUGCUCAAAGGCUGUCUAGGAACGGGGAUUUUAGCCAUGCCAGAAGCUUUCAAGUACUCAGGGAUGGGUUGCGGAAUAGUCUCAACACUUAUCAUAGGGGCUCUUUGUGCAUAUUGCCUUACUGUCCUGGUAAAAUCUCAAUAUGUAAUUUGUAAAAGAAUCAAAGUCGGUCUUUUGACUUAUCCAGAAUCAAUGAAAGUUGCUUGUGAAAUCGGGCCACCGUGUUUAAAUCGAUUCGCUCCGAUGGCCCCGACGAUAGUAAAUGUAUUUCUAAUCAUUUAUCAGUUAGGAAUAUGUUGUGUCUAUAUAGUAUUCGUUGGAGUGAAUUUAAAGUCGGUCGCUGAUGAAUAUAUGGAAAACAAACUGCCCCUUCCAAUUUUCAUGAUAGCAAUUUUCGUACCAUUUCUACUGAUCAUCUGUAUCAGGAACCUAAAAUUAUUGGCACCAUUUUCCGUUAUUGCUAAUAUAAUCACGUUUAUUACAUUUGGCGUCGUUUGCUACUAUGUUUUCCAGAAGUUGCCAGACUUCAGUAAAUAUGAAUCUUUUGGCACCUUACAAGAAUACCCUCUUUAUUUUGGUACUACCCUCUUUUCUCUUCAGGCAGUUGGAGUGGUAAUUGCUCUUGAAAAUAAUAUGGCUACACCAAAGAGCUUUUUAGGUCCAUGCGGUGUGUUGAAUGUAGGGAUGUUUAUUGUCACUCUUAUUUAUGUUGGAAUGGGUAUGAUGGGCUACUGGCAAUAUGGAGCUGACAUCCAACCUUCAAUUACUCUCAAUUUUCCUUCCAAAGAUAUAUUGGCCCAAUCAAUUAGAAUAUUAUAUUCUAUUGCCAUUUACAUUUCGUAUGGUCUACAGGGCUUUGUUCCUGUUCAAAUCUUAUGGACCAAUUAUGUAGUACAAUUGUUAGAAAACAGUCAACACAAGCUAAGAUGGGAGUAUUUUCUAAGAUUCAUGUGUGUAAUUGUUACAUUCAUUCUUGCCAUGACGAUUCCACUUUUGGGUUUGUUCAUUUCGUUGGUGGGAGCCUUCUGUUUGUCCGCUUUGGGUAUUGCCUUCCCGGCCAUUAUUGAAUUGUGCGCUUAUUGGCCCGACAAUUUGGGCCCUGGAAGAUACAUUUUGUACAAAGAUAUCCUGCUUAUUAUCGUAGGAAUCGUAGGAUUGCUGGCUGGUAGCUACAGUUGCAUAUUUGCCAUUGUUGUAGCUCUGGCGUCUGGCAAAACAUAAAAUUUCGCACAGCUCAAGUUGCUACUUAUAUAGAUAUUUAUUUUUAUAGAAAUAUCUAUUGAUUAUUUAAUAGAAUAUCUAUAUCACUUUCAUACUAUUAUAACAUGGCGCACUUUUGCUGGAUGCUAAGUAAAUAGGACUUGUGAUAUACAUGGGUUAAUACUUAUUUACGAUAUGUAGUAAAUUGUAGAAUUGUACAAACUCGCGUAUGUAAACUAUUAAUUUUAAAGGCACUUUUUUGUAAUGAACUAUAUAAUUUUUAGAAAUUAUUUAUUGUUCAGACCUCUUUAUUUAGAUUUUGAUAACGUACUAAAACAACUCAUGCAUUCAUAUACUCACUUACUUUUAAAAGACAUAUUACCGCUAUUUAUUUGUACUCAAAACAAGUGUAAAUUAUGGCUAAUAUUGCUAAUAAGAUUUAUUUAUUUGUUAAGCGAAUUUAAACUUGUUGCGAAAUUUAGUAAAUACAACAAAUCGAUAUGUUAAUGAAAAUUUUGUAUAACUGAUAGUAUGAUUAAAGUUUUGUUUUUUUUU